AAAGGCCAUGACAGUAAAAUUUACUUAGUCGCCUUCUCGCCUCACAGUCAACAGCUGGCAUCAGCCUCGGUCGAUUAUAAUAUCAAGAUCUGGGAUAUAGAAACUGAAGUUUGCGUGCAAACGCUUAUAGGCCACAAUGGAACUAUUAAGUCAAUGAUUUUCUUGCCAAACUACCAAGAACUAGCAUCUGUGGCAGAUUAUGAGGCACCCAAGAUCUGGAAUACAAAAACCGGACAGUGUGUACGGACGCUUGAAAGCCAAACUGGUAUAGUUACUUCAAUGGCCUAUUCGCCUAACAGCCAGCAACUAGCAUCAUCAGGAUCAUCAUUGGAUGUUGGAGGAAGAAUCUGGACCUGGGAUAUAACAUCAACACUACGGAAACACAUGUUUGCAGGCCAUAAGGAUAUAGUCAAGUCGCUUGCCUUCUCACCUACCGGCCAAUGGCUAGCGUCAGCGUCAUGCGACCGGACUAUUAUGCUUUGGAAUAUGAGAACAGGGGAGUGUGAAUGGACGGGCAAAGGCCAUGAUGAUCAAAUUACUUCAGUUGUCUACUCUCCCGACAGCCAACAGCUAGCAUCAGCGUCAUUGGAUAGCACCAUUCGGCUCUGGGAUGCGGCGACAGGCGCCUGUCUUGCAACGCUCAAUAACCACUACUCUAAGAUUAAUUCCAUCAUCUUCUCGCCUGACAGCAAACAACUCUUAUCGGCCUCAGACGACAACGCUAUUCGGGUCUGGAACAUAGCAACAGGCACAUGUAUCAAGACGUUA